UUUUUGUUAUUGUUUCUCGCUUGCCGUGUUCACCGGGUCUUGAGGUGUUAGAUAUAAUCGCCCGAAGUUUUGCCGAAAGCUCGUUUUUGAGUUUUUCGACAGACCGGCCCUAAUUUGUUGUCCGAUCGUCAGAUAAUCAACGCUACGAUGUUGGCCUUGGGUCCAAAAAAGGACGGCAGUCCGAACGUGAAGUUUUUCGAAUCUCCUGAAACGCUGAACAUGUUGGAGGGCGUUAGGACGUGGCUAAUGAAAAAUCAUAAAAAGUACCUUCAAGCGGAUCCACCGACCAACAAGACACUUGCAGCCCUGGUGUUGCAGCUCAUUCAAUUCCAGGAAGACAAUCUCGGCAAAAAUGUCAGCAAACCACCACUCACUCGCUUGCCUAUGCGCUGUUUUUUGGACUUCAAACCUGGAGGUGCUCUAUGCCAUUUGUUAGCUACUGUGUACAAGUUUAAAGUGGAACAGGGGUGGCGAAGAUUCGAUUUCCAGGUCAGUAAGAGUCCUUCUAGAAUGGACAGAAGUAUUGAAAUGUUUAUGAACGUCGAAAAGGCCUUAAUUCAGGCUAAAUGUCUUUCUAUGCCAGUUAUACUUAUUCAUCCAGAUGUUGAUAAAAUAGUACAAAACCGCAUAAAAGAUAUCAUAAAAAGGCAUCAAGGAACACUCACUGAAAACGAACAAGAAGCUACCCAUAUCUUAUUUCCGGUUGUGGAUCCAUUGGAUGAAGAAUAUGCUCGACCCGUGUACAAAAAUAAAGAACGCUGGAUACAAAUGCACUGGUAUUAUUUUCCUGAUUCUCAUGAUUCAUGGGUAACUACUGAAUUACCAGUUGAACCUCCUGAAGUGUUAUAUGGCAGUCAACCACCAACUCCUUGGAGGGUCACAGCAUCUUGGGUCUUAGAUUUAGAUACUUAUAAUGAAUGGAUGAAUGAAGAAGAUUAUGAAGUUGAUGAAACUGGCAAAAAAAAAGUUCAUAAAUUGCGUCUCUCAGUUGAAGAUUUCAUGAGUAAUGAUCCAUCUGGAGGUAAGAAAAAACCUAAAAGGAAACGAACUCCAUCACCGCCCUCAAAACCAAAUAAACGUAAAAGUGGGCGUGGAGGUUCUGUGAUGAGUGUUAAGAAAAAUAAAGUUGACGAUGACAGUGAUGAUCUAACAAGAGAUCUUGAAGAUCCAAUUUCAGAACCCAAUAUUUCUGAAGUUAAUUUAAAUAUAUCUCAAAUAAAAACUGGAUCAUCUUCAUCAAAGAAGGAUAGUGAUUCUCAGCCAAUUAGAAGUGGUACUCUUAUGGAUUUAGAUGAAGAUCUAGAUAAAAGUGAAGAUAAUAAAAACUUUGAUAGUAAUACUCAAGAUGGUACAAGUUGUCCUGCUUCUGGAGUAUCUAGUACAGGAGGGCCUUUAUCAAUUAUAAAAGAAGAAGGACCAGAAGAUAAUGCUACUGAACAAAUGCAUCAUAUUGUUAUACCAAGUUAUGCUGCAUGGUUUGAUUAUAAUUCAAUUCAUACAGUUGAGAAACGAGCAUUACCAGAGUUUUUCAAUAACAAGAAUAAAUCGAAAACCCCUGAAAUAUACUUAGCGUAUCGAAAUUUCAUGAUUGAUACAUAUAGACUUAAUCCAACUGAAUACAUGACGAGUACCGCAGCUAGACGUAAUUUAGCUGGUGAUGUUUGUGCAAUUAUGAGAGUUCAUGCUUUUUUGGAACAAUGGGGUCUAAUUAACUAUCAAGUUGAUGCCGAUAGUAGACCAACUGCAAUGGGUCCACCACCAACAUCUCAUUUUCAUAUUCUAUCUGAUACUCCAUCUGGUCUACAACCUGUUAAUCCUCCUAGAACUCAACAACCUUCAGCUGCUAAAACACUUUUAGAUUUAGAGAAAAAGCCUGUAAUAGCAGAUAAAGAUGCAGGUCAUCAUCCAGAACCAUUAUCUGGUUUUGGACUUAAAUUAGAUCAAUAUGCCAAAAAACCUGGUUUAUUAAGAAAUAAAACAGCUGCUGGAAUGACAAGAGAUUGGACUGAACAAGAAACUUUAUUAUUACUUGAAGGAUUAGAAAUGUAUAAGGAUGAUUGGAACAAAGUUUGUGAACAUGUUGGCACAAGAACUCAAGAUGAAUGUAUACUGCACUUUCUUCGUUUACCCAUAGAAGAUCCGUACUUAGAAGAUUUUGAAACUGGUGGUGCUUUGGGUCCUUUGUCUUAUCAACCAAUUCCAUUUAGUAAAUCUGGUAAUCCUAUUAUGUCUACUGUUGCCUUUUUAGCCUCUGUAGUAGAUCCUAGAGUUGCUGCUGCAGCAGCUAAAGCUGCUAUGGAAGAAUUUGCUGCUAUUCGAGAUGAAGUACCUUCAGCAUUGAUGGAUGCUCAUGUUAAAAACAUCGAAGCAGCCACUACUGAUGGAAAAUAUGAUCCAGCUGUUGGACUUUUACAGAGUGGUAUUGCAGGCACUUUCCCAGAAAAAGAAGAAGAAAACGAAAAAGAAAAGAAGGAACCAGAAGAUGUCAAAGAUCCAUCAUUGACAACAGAUAAUGACAAAUCUAUUCGAACUGAUAAAGAAGUAGUCUCUGAUAAAGAUAAAGAGCAACCUAUGGAUGUUGACAAAAAACCAUGCGAAGAAACUACAGCUAGUACACAGUCCACUACUGUUAAUCGUACUGCGGAAGAAGAACCUGAACGAAUAGUUAAGGACUCUGAAGUACAAGCUGCUGCUGCUGCAGCUUUAGCCGCGGCUGCCGUCAAGGCAAAACAUUUAGCAGCUGUAGAGGAACGAAAAAUAAAAUCUCUUGUUGCAUUAUUAGUAGAGACUCAAAUGAAAAAACUAGAGAUAAAGCUAAGACACUUUGAGGAACUAGAAACAACUAUGGAAAGGGAACGUGAAGGGUUAGAAUAUCAGAGACAACAGUUGAUACAAGAGCGACAACAAUUUCACUUAGAGCAACUAAAAGCUGCCGAAUUCAGAGCCCGCCAACAGGCUCAUCAUAGACUACAAGCUGCUGGUGUUCCUCCCCCAGUCCCUAACCCAGAACAUGUUGCUCCUGCAUCACCCGCACCUCCAAUGGCCACAUAAAAUAUGCAUUUCCAGAAUUACAAAUCCUUAUAAUGUAUAUUAUCAUAAGUGACCCGUUUGAAUUCUGGAUUAGUCGGCAAUUAUUUAAAAUCAAUUCUGUAAGUACUUUUGUAUUCACUUGUAAAUAUUUAGUUAUUUAUAUGGUCUUACUGUAAUAGUUGUUUUAAUUAGUAUGUAUUAAUGUAUUAUUAAAUGUAUUCUAGAUAAUAAUAGGUGCAUAUAAAUAUAUUGACUU